CUUGCAUAUAUAUUGGAUACAUCUAUGAUUAUUUUACUCUAAUUUGUCUUUUCUUUUAAUCUUAUGAUAUGGAUGUGAAAAUUGCUUUGUCAAAAAAAAUAAUUAUACUUUUUGGUUUAAUCAUACAUCUACUUGUUCGGUUCGAAAGUGAUUAGGAUAUCAUGCGAAAGUUUACAAUUGCAAAGAUACUAUUUAGAUUCGUUUUUUUUUUUUAUCUAGACAAACUUUUCCACAUUGGUGGUAAAAACAAUCCCUAACAAAGGCUACUUUGUUAUACAGGGAGAUUCUAACCCGAGACCUUUGGUUAAGGAUGAAACACUAUUCUGUCUAGACAAACUUACUCAUGUAUAAUCCUUUUUUUUUCAUGUAUAACCGUGUCGUCUGGGUCAACUUGCAUGCACUUCGACAUACGACAAACAUCAUAGGUGUAGGAAGACUGAGGAAAAAUAAAAGGAACUCGCUAGGCCUUGAGAAUAAAGGCGAUUCGAUUGGUACUAUUACACAAUGGGAAAGCACCAAGAUCCUAGUAUUAGUCCGGAAAGUCCUCCGGGAUGCAUGUGGAUACUUCACAGGAAACGCCUUCCGCGCAAAAGGAAGGGUGGUGGAAAGCGAGUUGCUGUGGUUGAAGAUCUAGAGGAUAAUGCAACUGCUACUGAGAGUUCCCCGAUUGUGUCGAAAAUCAAAGAACCUAAUCAAGUGUCCAAAAGUUCAAUGUUAUCUCGGAUAAGGUCUUUGAUUACUCAAGAAGAGACGUCUAAAAAAAGAAAGGGCAGGCACCGGAGAAGUUCAUCCUGUCCUAUACAGCUCGAACGAACUAAUUCUAUUCAACAUCUAGACCUUGCUGAUCUACAAUCUUCUCAUGACAAGACUUUGGAGCAUACUAAUUACAAAGAGAUGUAUUCUGUUGCUAGUCUGUUAGACCCUCCCACCAAAAAAAUACGAGACCGUGCAGUGCAAGAGCCUAUGGAAGUAGAAAACAUGAGAAAUGACUCAUCCAAGUUAAUGCUCGGGUUUAUAAAGUCGAUUUCAUUUCCUUCGCGUAGAUCACGAGGAAGAAAAGCUGUCAGGUCAAGGAAAUGUAGGCAUCAUGCUAAAGGGGAAGAUGAUCAGUCACAAGUUGGUAGUGAGGUGUCUGGUUCUGGUGGAUUUAAUAGCAACUCAGUGACAUCAACGGAUUUGAGUAGCGAUGAUGAUGUUGGAAAAAACGUGUUGAUCAGAAGAGCUGAAUCAUUUGAUAAUGCCUCUGCUUGUUCACCUCGCGCAGAAAAGAAAGACCGUGAGAGUAGUAAACUCAUUCUCAAUCGUUUUAAGAAUCUAAAGCAAAAAAUAAGAUAUGCACUCGAGGAGAGUAGAAAGGAGAGGCAUCGAAUUUUCAUGGAUGCUGUCCUUCAUAAGGUUCCACAUGGUCAUCGAUCAUCAAAGGAUAUUGAAAAGGGAAGUACUUUUGCUCAUUGCAAUUCUCCAUUUAUGAGGAGUGAAAAAAUGACAUCCUUUAGGAGAACAUCAUCUGUUAAUGAGUCAUUGCACAAAUAUAAUGGAUUUCUCGACUCAUCUAUCUAUAGGGAAGAAAAACAUCACAUUUCUGAUCGUUCGAGCUUUAGAACAUCUAGAUCACCUUCACCGGGUAGAAGAAGUCCUAUAGGUCUCGAUAGGAUUCUCUCUAUGCCUGAUCUCACAUAUUACAAUUCUUUUAAAUGUGAGGACUCUCCUGAACGUGGAUCCUCGUAUACACUAGACAGAGCUACAUCGAGCAGCAACUUAUACGUAGGAAUUUGCAAGUCCAAUGAACAGAAGUCCCUAGACAUUCCUUUAGGUUCCGAAAACCAUACUGAGAAGGGUUAUAAUUCAGACUCCAAGAGUACAAUUUUUCUUGAUGUUAGCGAGAGAUUUGAUGACUUUGGUGGCUUAAAGACUCGUGAGAACUCUUCCCCCGUUGAAAACAUUAUCGAGGGAACAUCAUCAGUUGUUUCAAACGUAGAUAAACCAAUUCCUGUUCCUCUGCCUGAUAUGAUUAUUCAGAAUGCUACUUCUGGUGCAAAUGAGCUCUCGGCGGCUAAAGGUGCAGAAGAAGAUGUAGUUCAUACCGAUAAAAGAGGAUUGCCAUCGAGUGAUCUGAACAGAAUUUUGCAAAUUCAAGUUGAUAAAAGAUAUGAAUGUGAAUUCAAUUAUGUAAAAGAUGUACUAGAACUAUCAGGAUUCAGUGGAGAUAAGAUUAUAGGGAAAUGGCAUUCUGCUGAUAAACCAGUGAAUCCUUCAUUAUUUGAUGAAGUGGAAGGAUAUUGCUUACUUGAUCAAGAGGGUGUUACUUGUGAUCAACUACUCUUGUUUGAUUUGAUCAAUGAGGUCUUGUUACAAAUUUAUGAGAGAUCAUGUUCCUACUGGCCAAAGUCGUUGACGUGUCAUACUCAUAUCCAUACGAUGCCUAUUGGCUACCAUGUCCUUGGUGAGGUAUGGAAAGAUGUGACCUUGUGUUUCGAGUCUGAAAUGAAGAAUGAUCAACCAAUUGACGAUGUUGUGAGUCGUGAUCUAGCAGGAGGUGAGACUUGGAUGAACCUUCAAUUUGAUGCUGUGUGUGGUGGACUGGAGUUGGAGGAUCUUAUAUUGAAUGAUCUUUUAGAAGAGCUGGUUUUCACUUGAUGUUCAUCACAUUUGGUCCAACACAUACACCUGAGGCGGAUCUAGGGAGGGUUCAGUAAUUCAAUUGAACUCUUUGCUUUUGACUCGAGCUAUGUAUACAUACGCGGUAUACAUUGAUUUUGCUUGACACAUUUGGUCCAAACAUAUAAACUUACGCAGGCAGAUCUAGGAUGGGUUCAGUGGUUCAAUUGAAUUCUUUGCUUUUGACUCGAGCUAUGUAUACAUAAGGUACGAAUAGCUUUUGCUUGACACAUUUAGUACAACACAUAUACGUAGAAAGGCGGAUCAUAGGCGAGUUCAAUGGUUCAAUCCAACUCCAUGUUUUUUUAUUAGAGCAAUGUAUACAUAUGAUAUACUAGUUUUUGCUCGACACAUAUGAUAUACUAGUAGAUCUUGGGCCGGUUAAGUGGUUCAAUUGGACUCAUUACUUUUGACUUGAGCUACGUAUACAUACACAAAAAAGAAUGUGAAUAUAUACAUAUAA